AUGGCAUCUAGACGAAAGAGAAAAGGGACGAAUCAAGCAGACUUACAUAGAUUUUUUGGUGCUGCAGCCGCACCCAAAAAUGUAUGUAAAGGUGCAUCCUCCGGCUCAGGCUCCCAGCCCGACCCCCAGGCCAGUGGUGACCAGUCCCACAGGACGUCCGGCACAGUCCAGCCCGACCCCCAGGCCAGCGGUGACCAGUCCCACAAGACGUCCGGCACAGUCCAGUCCGACCCCCAGGCCAGUGGUGACCAGUCCCACAAGAAGUCCGGCACAGUCCAGUCCAACCCCCAGGCCAGUGGUGACCAGUCCCACAAGAAGUCCGGCACAGUCCAGUCCAACCCCCAGGCCAGCGGUGACCAGUCCCACAAGACGUCCGGCACAGUCCAGUCCGACCCCCAGACCAGUGGUGACCAGUCCCACAAGAAGUCCGGCACAGUCCAGUCCGACCCCCAGGCCAGUGGUGACCAGUCCCACAAGAAGUCCGGCACAGUCCAGUCCAACCCCCAGGCCAGUGUGGUGACCAGUCCCACAAGACGUCCGGCACAGUCCAGCCCGACCCCCAGGCCAGUGGUGACCAGUCCCACAAGACGUCCGGCACAGUCCAGCCCGACCCCCAGGCCAGUGGUGACCAGUCCCACAAGAAGUCCGGCACAGUCCAGCCCGACCCCCAGGCCAGUGGUGACCAGUCCCACAAGAAGUCCGGCACAGUCCAGUCCAACCCCCAGGCCAGUGGUGACCAGUCCCACAAGAAGUCCGGCACAGUCCAGCCCGACUCCCAGGCCAGUGGUGACCAGUCCCACAAGAAGUCCGGCACAGUCCAGCCCGACCCCCAGGCCAGUGGUGACCAGUCCCACAAGAAGUCCGGCACAGUCCAGUCCGACCCCCAGGCCAGCGGUGACCAGUCCCACAAGAAGUCCGGCACAGUCCAGUCCGACCCCCAGGCCAGUGGUGACCAGUCCCACAAGAAGUCCGGCACAGUCCAGCCCGACCUCCAGGCCAGUGGUGACCAGUCCCACAAGACGUCCGGCACAGUCCAGUCCGACCCCCAGGCCAGUGGUGACCAGUCCCACAAGAAGUCCGGCACAGUCCAGCCCGACCCCCAGGCCAGUGGUGACCAGUCCAACAAGACGUCCGGCACAGUCCAGCCCAACCCCCAGACCAGUGGUGACCAGUCCCACAAGACGUCCGGCACAGUCCAGCCCGACCCCCAGGCCAGUGGUGACCAGUCCCACAAGACGUCCGGCACAGUCCAGCCCGACCCCCAGGCCAGUGGUGACCAGUCCCACAAGAAGUCUGGCUCUGUGUCCCUACCCGAUUCCGCUAGUGGAGACCGCCGGGACAUAUCCAAUUUCACGAAGGGCAACGUUAAUGAUGUCACAAAACACCGGCUUAUCCAGGAAAGGUGUCCCCCACCUGGAUUUAAGUUCCCUGCUAGAGCGUACAAAGAUAGUCGCAGGAAGAGUGGUAUCAUGA